UCGUUUUUUUUUCAAUGAACAAUAAGAAUAUUAAGUUGUAAUUAGAAAUAAGAUAUAUUUAAAUGACAAUAUUUGCAAUUAAUUGUCAUUAAAAAUUUUUAUUCCAACGUAUUCGUCAAUUACCCCGAUAACACCUGCUUUUUCACGAUAAACUUGCAUACAAACAAAUGCGUACUACCUAUUUCAUAUUCAGUUAUUUCAGUCCACCUACGUUCCUUUUCAAUGCUAGGUAUGUGAUAAAAAAACAAUAAAAUAUCCAGUGGAUCAUUAAAAUCAGAAAUAUAUUGGUCGUACCACUAGGAUGCACAAUGCAACUUCCAGCGCCAAAAGAUAGAAUUAUUGAUGAUUUCGUGAAACCUUAUGAAAUGUGUUGCACCCCUUAUUAUAAACUGGAUUUCAGUGAAAUUACUAAGAAAAUGUGCUAUGACGGAAAUUCGAAAUAUAAAAUUUCAACCGAUAUGAAGGUUUGCAAAAUCAUAAUAGUUGGUGAUGUGUCUGUUGGAAAAACAUCCAUAGUUAACAGAUUUUGCAGGAAAAUGUUUGAUAGUUCUUACAAAUCUACUAUAGGAGUUGAUUUCGAAAUGGAAAGAUUUUAUAUUUUAGGGAUACCAUACAAUUUGCAGAUAUGGGAUACGGCGGGCCAAGAACGAUUCAAAAGCAUAGCCCAGUCCUACUACAGAAAUUCACAUGUUGUUAUUGUUGUUUUUGAUUUAUCUAAGCCAGAAACUCUAACAAAUACUCGAAGAUGGUUUCUGGAUGCAAUGCAAACUUGUGGAGACAUGCUGCCUUAUGUGUUUUUAGUAGGAACGAAAAAAGACUUACUGGGUGGAUUCGCUUAUAAAAACUCUGAAUUGAAUGCAGUGAAUAUGGCGAAAGCUUUAAAUGCGGAAUAUUGGCCAGUAUCAUCAAAAAGUGGCGAAAAUAUUGAUAAAUUAUUUGCAAGGGUUGCAGUUCUUACUUUUGAUGAUGGUAUUAAGAAUGAACUUUCGAACCAAAAAAAAAUAGUAGUUGCUUCUGACAUUUUAUCAUUCAAGAAUAAUAAAAACCCUUCGAAACAACAUUCCACGUGCACAAACUGUAAGAGUAAUUGAUCAAUCCAUAUAUUUUAGGUUUUAUUUGAACAUACAAAUCUAUGAAAUGACAGAAUAUAUUUUGGAAAAAUGUAAUAUAAAAAAAUGCUGACUAAUGGAUAAUAAAGUGAAUUUUUAUUUUC